AUGGCUGACUCUGACAUUUUUAUUCAUUUUUUGUUUUCUUCUUUAGCAUCAGCGAAGAGGUCCACAUACAUUGUUCAUAUGGACAAAUCAGCCAUGCCUAAGGCUUUCUCUAGCCACCACAUGUGGUAUUCUUCCACUGUUGAUGCUGUAAAAUCUGUCUCAUUUGACAGUCUUCGAAAUGGACCAAAAUUUGUCUACUCCUAUGAUAAUGUCUUGCAUGGUUUCAGCGCAUUGUUGUCCGAAGAUGAGCUAGAAGCUCUGAAGAAAUCACCAGGAUUUCUUUCAGCUUAUACUGACAAGCUUGUCACAAUGGACACCACUCACACCUAUAAUUUUCUCUCUCUGAACCCCACAAAUGGGCUUUGGCCGGCUGCAGACUUCGGCAAAGAUGUGAUUGUAGGGGUCAUUGAUAGCGGUGUUUGGCCUGAAAGUCCGAGCUACAAGGACGAUGGAAUGACACCUAUUCCUUCCAAGUGGAAGGGAACAUGCGAGGCUGGACAGGAUUUCAAUUCUUCAUUGUGCAACUUAAAGCUAAUUGGUGCAAGAUACUUCAAUAAGGGUCUUGUAGCUGCAAAUCCGAAGAUCGUUAUUAGCAUGAAUUCUACCAGGGAUUUUUUGGGACAUGGCACGCAUACUUCCUCCACGGUAGCUGGAAAUUAUGUUGACGAUGCCUCAUUUUUCGGCUAUGCGUCAGGGACGGCCAGAGGAAUCGCCCCUCGAGCUAGAGUGGCCAUGUACAAGGUUUCUUGGCCGGAAGGAGGCUAUACUUCUGAUCUAAUUGCUGGUAUAGAUCAAGCUGUUGCGGAUGGGGUUGAUGUGAUAUCAAUAUCUAUGGGCCUAAAUUUCAUCCCUUUAUAUGAAGACCCUGUAGCAAUAGCUUCAUUUGGUGCAAUGGAGAAGGGCGUUAUGUUCUCUUGUUCAGCUGGAAAUAAUGGUCCAUCUCUUGGGACGUUACAUAAUGGAAUUCCAUGGACCAUGACAGUUGCAGCAGGUACUGUUGAUCGUUUCCUUGCAGGGACAGUAACUUUGGGGAAUGGAAUGACUAUCACAGGGUGGACUACUUUUCCUGCCAGAGCUGUAGUUGAAGAUUUACCUCUUAUCUACAACCCAACAAUAGCUGGUUGUAAUUCAAGUGACUUGCUAUCUAGUGCUCAUGGAAUUGUCAUUUGUGACAAUUUCAAUGCUUUCUACAAUCACGAAAAUAUUUCCAGGUCAACUGUCCCUGCUACCAUCUUUUUCUCUGAUGAUCCAGAGAUUACAGAAUCUACCACUUUUCCUGAUCCGGGAGUCAUUAUCAGCACAAAAUAUCUAGAAGAUGUGAUUAAGUAUGCCUUAAAUGGUGUCAAGCCCACUGCCAGCAUCACAUUUCAACAAACUAUCUUAGGAACAAACCCUGCACCAGUUGUUGCCGACUAUAGCUCAAGAGGCCCUGCACCAAGUUACCCAAACAUCUUAAAACCUGAUGUUAUGGCACCAGGGACGUUAGUGUUAGCCGCAUGGGUUCCAACAAGUACUGUAGCAACCAUUGGGGACAAAAUUCGCUUGUCAAGUGAUUUCUCUCUUGCAACCGGCACAUCAAUGGCUUGCCCCCAUGCCUCUGGCGUUGCCGCACUUCUCAAAGGUGCGCAUCCCGAAUGGAGUCCAGCAGCUAUUCGAUCUGCCAUCAUGACCACGGCAAACACCCUUGACAAUACUCAGAGUCCGAUCAAAGACAUGGGAUUCAACUAUGACAUAGCGUCACCUCUAGCCAUGGGGGCAGGACAUAUUAAUCCAAAUGCAGCGCUGGAUCCAGGGCUCAUAUACGAUGCUACAGCUCAAGAUUACAUAAGUCUUUUGUGCACCAUGAAUCUCACUCGGAGCCAAAUUGCAUCUAUUGUAAGAUCAACUGACUACAGUUGCCUCAACGCUUCCUCUGAUUUGAAUUAUCCAUCCUUCAUUGCAUUGUACAACAAUGGAAGUACAGAGGUGUUGAAUAAGAUAUUUGAGAGGACUGUUACAAAUGUUGGGGAUGGUCCUGCAACAUACAAGGCCAUUGUGACAGCUCCAAGGGGUUCCGUUGUUGAAGUGAAUCCACAGACAUUAGCUUUUCAGGAGAAAUAUGACAGGCAAACCUAUUCACUGACCAUAAGAUACACAAGUGACAACAGUGCAAAGGUUAGUUUUGGUUCAAUUACAUGGUCAGACUUUGGAGGGAAACACGUUGUCAGAAGUCCAAUUGUGGUGUCACCAAUAACCACUGUUUGGGCUUGA